AUGCGGCACAUUGACGGCAAUCAUAAAUUGAUUGAACCUUUGUGCAUAGUCAUUCAUGGGGGUAUAGAUGGCUAUUCACGCCUUAUUGUUUUUCUCCAUGCAUCAACCAAUAACAGAGCAACAACUGUAUCAACCUAUUUUCAAGAAACAGUUGUAAAGUACAACCUCCCUUCUCGGGUUCGCUGUGACCUAGGGAUGGAGAACUUAGAAGUUGCAAGAUACAUGCUAGAGACAAGAGGGCUUAAUUGUGGGAGCAUUAUCACUGGUACUUCAGUCCAUAACCAGAGAAUCGAACGACUAUGGAGGGAUGUCAAUCGAAUAGUAAUUUCCAGAUUUCUGAAUAUAUUCUUGUAUCUUGAAAGAAAUGGCUUCGUCUGCUCAACCAAUGAGGUACAUCUGUACUGUUUGCAACUUGUUUAUCUAGAUUUAGUUAACCAGGCCCUUGAUGAGUUUACUGCUCAGUGGAAUAGUCAUCCUGUCACAACUGAAACAAACUUUUCCCCUCGGCAGUUGUGGGUAAGCCAGAUGGUCACUUUACAGCAAUCCAACUACACUGCUGUUCAAGAUGUAUUGGGUGCUUGUACAGACUAUUCCAACUAUGGCAUAGAUGAGGAAGGCCCUGUUCCCGAGGCAGAGGAAUACCGCAUAAGUGUUCCACCCUUAGCCUUGCAAUCGAGUGCAGACCAAUUGCACCUUGUUCAAAAUGCAAUCAAUGAAUCUAGAGAUGAAUCUCAAAAUGGAAUUUUCUCUUACCUGCUGGCCUUGAAAAUCAUCCAUUCCUUUAUUGAUGCCUCUGCUUAA